GUACCAAGUGCCUUAACAGAGUACGUUGAGUAAGGAGCAGCACUUUACUUUCAAUUUUCUUUUUCAUCUCUAAUCAGAACCACAUGAAUACUUUGAGACGGCACUGAGGUCAGAACAGAUCAGAACUAUGGAGAAGAAGACAAAGAUGAUGUUUGUCUUUUUAUGUGUGCAAGUAAUUCAUUGCCCUGCAUUUGCUAAUACCUGGUCGAUUGAAACAGUUUCUGAAAUCAAAUCUCUUGUGGGAUCUUGUGUGGUUUUGCCCUGUACUUUUGAUUAUGAAGGACAUGAUGUGGCUUCCUUUAAGAUGAGUGGCUCUUGGCAUACAGAAGCAAAAGACCCGGAGUACAUCUAUCACACAGAUAUUAAAAAGAUUAUACUAAGUUUUCAUGGCCGGACGAAACUUGUUGGAAAAGUGGGGGAAAGAAAUUGCUCUCUGGAGAUUGAUAAAGUUAGUGUCAAAGACAAAGGACCAUAUUGCUUCAGAAUUGAAAUAACCGGUGUAAACAGCUACUCUUUUAUGCAUGAUUGUGUAUCAAUUGAUCCACAAGGCUCUCCAGAAAGUCCUCUCCUGUUUGCCCCAAAGACAGCACAUGUGGGCACUACCUAUAAUGUCAGCUGUUCAGCCAGACACACCUGUUCUACACACCAACCCUCUCUCAAAUGGACUGGUAUUAGCACAGAGCACACUGUGUACAAAGACCUUGGCCAAGGCAUCUGGGAAGUGCUGUCCACUGGGACAUUCACACCCAAAUCCACAGACAAUGUACACCUGACCUGCACUGCUGAGUUCUGGAGAGGCAAGAGUGAAACGAGCUCUGUUUCUAUAACAGUUCAAACUGGUCCAGAAGCAACGAAAUCUCCCACUGGUAAUGAGGUUGAUAAUGCAGGACUUGGUGAUAUCUGGAAAGUCAAACUUAUUCCUGAAAUAACAGCCGUAAUUGGCUCCUGUGUGGUGAUACCCUGUGGGUUUCAAUUUCCUGGGGACUUGAAAGUCCAUUCAAUGGUGAGAAGAAUUUGGAAAAAUAACAAAGGAAACAUCUAUCACAAUGACCAAACACAAGUGUUGGACAGCUUCAAGGGCCGCACAAAGCUUGUUGGAGAAGCACACAAGGACGAGAAUUGCACCUUGGAGAUUAAUGAGGUUAAAACACACGAUAAAGGACCAUACUGGCUUAGAGUAGAAAUACCAGAAAAGGAUAACUAUUCCUUCAAAGAGAAGUAUGUAACAAUGGCUUUGAAAGGUGAACCAGAGAAACCCAUGCUGACCUACACACAAUUUGCCCAUGCGGGCUCUGCCUAUAGUGUCACGUGUUCAGUGAGACAUAGCUGUCCGACUAACCAUCCCACUCUGUCCUGGGAUCGGACGGAUGGAGAGACCAUCGUUCACUAUAAAGACAUUGGCCAAGGCAACUGGGAAGUGUCAUCAGUCCUGACAUUUACACCUUUAGCCAGUGACCACAAUACACGCUUGACCUGCAGUGCUCAAUUCUUUAAACUUAAUAAUCCACAAGAGAGCUCCAUCACUCUAAAUGUAAAAAGUGAAGGAGGUGCUGUUGGCGUCCUCAGUAUUGCUAUCCCGGUGGCUGCGGUAGUAGUGAUCGCGAUCAUAUUAGUGGGACUCUACAAGUGGAAGAUAAGUAGACUGAACACAAGUUCAGGGAAUCUUGGUGGCCAACAGUCUUGGAAAAAUCAAAGGACCCAACAGACAAGUCAAGGUUGUGACUCAUGGGGAUUGAAUCGGAGGACCCAACAAACAGACAGCUGUGGUGCAAGGGGAUUGGAUCAAGGGAGCCAACAAAAAGACAGUAAUGUUUCAUGGGGACCGGACCAUGGGAUUUGUGGGUCUGAUACAAGCUGUGGUGCAGGCGGUGAGGAUAAUGGAAAACAAAAACCUAUUAAAAGUAAACUUGAACUGGAACUUAGAUCACAGAUGGGGAAUGUGUAUGAAAGUCUGUGAUUGUCACAGACUGAUGUGAGGUGUUGUGAGCUGAAGAAGACCCACUGGAACACAUAUACAGCUCAUUCUUCAGCAGCCAGCAAAGCAUGUCCCUACUGGACACGUUUAGCCCAGUAGGAGGCUGUGUUUAGUCCAAAUUGACUGGAAUGCACUGGGACCUGACACGGUCUUUCAAACUCACGUAUUUUUCUAAUCAUAAUUUUACAACGCUUAACAUAUUUGUUAACUAAUAGUGGCUCUAUUUCAGCUUUUUAAUUACACUGAGAUUUCAUAUAUUAAAAGGCUUUCAAAAUAAAGUGGUAAACUGUUUGACUGUUUGAUUAGCUAAUUUUUAUUAUGCCUUUUGCAGAUACAUUUUUUAUCAUUUAAAUGUAAGGCUGUUUUACAUGGGAUAUUUUCCCACAAACACCACAACAGGGAAAACAUAUUUAAACAACAAAUGUAUGAGUUUUGCAGUCUAAUAACAAUUAAUAUAUUUAACAGUGAAUAAAGUAUUUCAAACAAU